AUGAAAAUUAUAUUUAGAAAAAAAAUUAUCACACUCUUUAUUUUAAUAAUUUUAUUAAAAAAUUGUUUUACUUUUAAUUUACAUAAAAAACAUUUAUUUGGGUAUGUUCUUGGAUUUAACCACAUUAAAUUAAGGAACAAUGCUAAUUUAAAUUGCCGUAAUAUUUUUAAAUGUAAAAGAAAUAACAAAUUAAAUACUUUAGAAAGAAGUGUAGAUAAGGUGACAGGGCAUUUUAUGAAAGACAAAGAAUUAUUUUUAGAGGUUGACAAGAAACAAAAAAUAAUUGAAGAAAUAGAAAAAUUGAAAGAUUUUGAUUAUGAUAGUGUUAAAAAAUAUCUAGAUACUCUUAGUGAAAAUGAUGUAUAUGAAGAAGUUGUAAAUCAUAAAAUUCAUUUAUACAAAAAAUAUAAUGAAAAAGAAAAGCAAAAUCAUAUUAUAAAAAUGCAGAAUUUUUUGAACCCAUAUAUAAUAAAUAUACGUAAAAAGAAGGCAAAAGAAAAAGUUGAAUAUCUCAUAUCCCGUUUAAUAACAGGUGAUAACAUAGAUAAAAUAAUUAAUGAAAUGUUUAAAAAAAAAUCAAUUGACAUUUAUGUUUUAACAUUCAUUGAUGAUAAAAUAAUAGAAGCUCACUCAAAGCUUGUAAAGAAUGAUAAAAUCAGUGAUAAAGAAGAAAUGAGCAUAUCAGAAAAAAUAUUAAGAACUCUAAAAGAUAGAAUUAUAGCCCAACAAAAAUUAAAUGAUAAAGGUACUUACAAUUUUACAAGAAUAUUAUUUUUAUCUACAACAUUAGACAUGAGUGAAAAUAGGGAACCAUUAAUUAAGUCAAUAAUCAAAAGUGUUGAGCAGUUAGAAGAAUUCGAAUUAUAUUUAUUAGAUGCGCUAGACUAUGCAGAAGACAAUGAGAAAAUGAAAAAAUAUAUACUCCACAUAGAACUACUAUUAGAUACAUGCAAAAAAAUGAAUCCUAUUAACAAUCAACUUUUAAACAAGCAAAGUGAAAAUAUUGGAUUCUUUCCAGAUACUGUUGAUACCUCACAUUUAAAAGAUCUUUAA